CUCGCCUUUUAUCUUCUAUCUAAGAGAAAAAAAUAAUAAAAGGAGAAAAAGGGCAAAAAAAGAAAAAAAAAAUCAUUUCCUUCAACCAAAGUACACCAAACCAUGCCAAGAGGUUCAUCGCAGUCGCAAUCCUCCACUUCCUCCUCCACGUCCCGGCCGGGCGUUAUGGCUCCUCGCGGUUCCGCGGCCGCAGCAGCCGGUAUGCGCCGCCGGAGGAUUGUCGGAGGUUCUUCAUCGGCUACCGCCUCUGGAUCCGUCGGUUCCGGUUCCGGGGGCAACAUGCUUCGAUUCUACACCGACGAUGCUCCCGGAUUGAAGAUCUCACCUACCGUCGUCCUCGUCAUGAGCCUUUGCUUCAUAGGUUUCGUCACGGCUCUUCACGUUUUCGGCAAGCUGUAUCGCGCCAAAGCCGGAGCUGGACCGUGAGGGUUUUGGCUCGGACCUGAUCUUCUUUCUAUUCGGAUCUCCGAUCCGUUACUGAACCGGUAACUGAAUUUCCGCUUCACUCCUCUCUUCGUUUCGUUCGUUGUUUGACCGUUUUCGGCGUUUAGUCUCUGUAAAUAAUGAUGGCAAGCUUGUAAUUAUACAGUACUUUUGAAGGUCGUGAACCUUUUUAAUCUGCGUUCAAGUUUGAUAAAAUGAAUAUGCUUUUUCUCUUUGAA